AUGGCCUCGACGCAGCACGUCAACCUGUCGCCCGCUGAGCUGGCCUACCUCCACGCCUCUCUCUCCUUGACCCCGCCCCUGCGACCAGACGGACGCUCAGCAACACAGUUCCGCCCCCUCAGCGCCGAGACAGGCAUUCUCCCCGGCACAAACGGCAGCGCGCGCAUAUGCUUCGCAGAUGGAACUGAGGCCAUCGUAGGUGUGAAAGCAGAGAUUGGGAAAACCCAGGCGCGGUACGGCGCCGGCAACGCGCUACUGGAGACCGACCUCAUCCACGCCGGUGGUGAUGACGACGAAGAAACCGACGGCGAUGACAGGGGUUCCAACAUCGAGGGCCAGAGCAGCUGGAUCGAGAUCGCGGUCGAAAUACCAGGUGCCAGGGACGACGACGCGAGCACAAUUUACUUGGCUGAGAUGUUGAGCGAGGCACUACUGGCCGACGGCCAGUUCGCCAGGAGGCUGUAUCUCAACAGGCGCUUUCAUUGGAAGCUAUACCUGGACAUCCUCCUGAUAUCACCACCACUAUCCUACCCCUUGCCCCUCCUCUCCCUCACGACCCACCUCGCGCUGCUGGCAACACGACUACCGCGCCUGAUAUCCGAGGGCGACGAAGACCCCCUCUUCGACGAUGACUGGGACUCGUCCAACUACCUGUACCCCCACGACACAGGCGCGUCUGGCGCACGGCCACCAGUGACACUGCUCGUCAUGGCCGUCGGCGACAAUAUCAUUUUCGACCCUGCAAAGGAAGAGCUCGCCGUCGCCGACAGCGCACUGGCGAUCUCGGUAGCGGAAGCAGCCACGCCAAAAGGCGCGGAAGAGAUGGACGUCGACGAUUCCGAGAAGCGCAGUCUACGGUUGUUGUCGAUACGCACAAUAGACCCCCCAUCACGAUUGACACCGCCUGGUGUUCCCAGGGCGAACGACGUGGCUACAGAAGGCACCAACGGCGCGGCGAAGCAGCCUGAGCAGCAGAUUCAGGAGACAGAGCCCGUGGGCGGAGUUUGGAAGGCGCCCAGGGGAGGGGCGAAAAUGGGGGUCCUCAGUGCCAUGAUUGCGAAAUCAUUAGAACAGGGAGGCGUUGCGGCGGAGGUUCUCGACGGGCUGAAGGCUGUGGAGCUGGGAUGA